AUGACGACCAAAUGCGGGCAGCAAGAGGAAUUCCAGAGGCUGGCUUUUGCUUCGUUGAGCGAGUACUUCCAGGAGCAUGCAGACGAAGUUAUCGAGAUCGAGAUUCUACCUCCUGCUAUACAGCCACCGGAUGGCAUCACCAUGCAAGACGGAAUGAGUCUGGGAGUGCCGAAGAAGAUACUUGCGUUAGCCUACCUGGAAGCCCGCCAACAUUUCUUCGUGCAUAGCAAGGCACGUGAUCCUAUCACGGCUGCACAGACAUUGCAAGCGACAAAGGUCAUGCUUCUAUUCGACCCAGAGCAUCUCACUGCAGCAAAUUAUCGAAAACGCACCUUGUUCCAGCUACAAGAAACUCAUGGUCUUCAUGUUGGCACUCCAUACCAUAGGGCAUUACGACAAGAGCUGUGCUUUCUGAACAGCAUACUUACCUCUCCACUUCAUCGUCAGUCCAAGUCGCCGACCCUGUGGUACCACCGCUCCAGCAUCGUGGACUCUUUGAGACUCGUAGAACUGGGAGAUGCAUCGCAAGAACAAAUAGCAACGUUUUGGGAGAGCGAAUUCGCCGCUAUUUACAAGUCUGGAGAGCAGCAUCCGAAGAACUAUCACGCUUGGCAGUAUGCUCGUAAACUAGUACCUAAGCUUGAAGGUAGCGAGAUGGUUGUCCAUGUCGCCCACGGCGUCAAGGAGUGGUGUUGCAGACACCCAAGCGAUAUCUCUGGUUGGUCUUUCUUGUUAUAUCUGAUGCCUAUCAUAGCUACAUCGCUACAGCGGGAGCUGGUGGGCGAUAUACUGAACUAUGCAAAAAGUCUCGAUCUCGAGCAAGAGUCAAUAUGGAUAUUCAUACGUACAGUCCUGGCGCUGCAUAACGAGGAGCAUUCGGCGUCCUACCAGUUACUCGAAUCCUAUAGGGAAGACCUGAAGGAUACCAACAGGCGACCAAUAGCACUAGACCGUGUGUGUAACGCCAUUGCUUGGAUUCAAGCUCACCAAGAGUCCAGCGUGUGA